AUGGCCGGGUCAGACGCUUACGAUAAUGAGCAACUUAUCGUUUCAUGGAAUGGAGAUAAUCCGAUUGAAGUUAAUAAGGAGAUUCGAAUGCCAGACAUGCGAUUACGAGACAUUAAAUGGCGUGUGAGAAAUGAUCCUUAUGCUACAGGUGUCUGGUCAUGUGCCUUAGCCGAAUUCUACGUGGAUCGCGAGAUUCUCCAUCAUGUCAUCCAAUCCUACAUCCCGACAACACUAAUCGUCAUCAUUUCGUGGUUCUCUUUUUGGUUAGACGUUGAAGCAGUGCCUGGUCGAGUUUCUCUUUCAAUCACCACUCUUCUCACAUUGGCUACACAAAGCUCAGCCGCUAGGAUGGCCCUGCCGCAGGCAUCCUACGUGAAAGCUAUCGACGUGUGGAUGGGCGCUUGUAUGGCUUUCGUUUUCUCGGCGAUGAUCGAAUUCACCGUUGUCAACUAUUGCACAAGACGAAAACAAACAAAGAAAAAUCGCGAGGCUCGAGGUCUAACGCAACAAAUUCAAGACCUAGUACGAGAUUAUCGCGAGAAAAGGGAGGCUGAAAAGAAUCAAGCCCCAAAUCCCGUCUACGAAUGCUCGUUGAUCAACGGUGAUUCGGGUUCAACAACGGUGCUUGCAAAGAGGCAAAUCCGAGAAAUGAAUCAAGCUCCAUAUUUCUUUCAAAGAAACAUCCUACCAUCAACGAGGAGAAAAAAGCUAGAAGAGAGAAUCAACCGAGUCGAGGAGAAUCGCAAAUACGCGCAAAUGAUCGACCGGAAGAGUCGAGUGUAUUUCCCGCUUGCUUUCAUUAUUUUCAACCUUAUCUACUGGGUCUACUAUCUAUACUUUGCCGAUGAUCACAUUGACGCCAUCGAG